CACCAUUGUCCAUUGCCUACUUUGGACAUCAACACCACUUCAUUCUUGACGUCGACGUCGACGAUGAGCAGAGCAUCCCACAACGCUGAGCAAGCAUAUCAAUAAUGGCGUACUCCAUAAUUCUGGGAAUGAUUGGCUGGUCUGUCCUGCCCGACUUUGCCACUACCCACAUACUUCGUUUCAUUCAUGGACAACUGAAGAAUCCACCGUCGCCCCGUACUCCGCUGUACGUUCAACACUAUCGUUACACCUUCGCCUUUGUCGUGCUCGCAUAUCUUCUAUACAACCUCAUCCAAGGCUCCAGCUCAGUGCCUCCCAACUUUUACCAGAUUCUGGGGGUCCCACAUGACGUUGACGACAAUGGACUGAAGCUCGCUUUUCGUCAAUUCACGAAGAGGUACCACCCGGAUAAGCCUGGCAUUGGUCCUGAGGGCGCCGAGAUGUUCAUGAGGGUUCGUGAUGCGUUUGAGGCCCUGAAGAAUCCGGUUGUCCGGUUCGCCUACGAUAGGUUCGGACCCGACGUUCUACUUUGGCAACAGCUUUCAACACCCAGAGAGUACCUGCGGCAAGGCCUCGUGCAGUCUUCGGGCUUUCAUAUCGUCAGCGGUCUUGUCCUUGUCUUCUACUCUUCUAUCGGUCGAGAGAGUCCAGUCAAAUUUGUAUGUGUGCCUGUUACUAUGGAAGGACUUGAUCUGACAUCUGGGCAGUGGCGUUUUAUUCUUUAUGCCGCGUUUCUCUUUUCAGAAAUCGCAUUACUGGUAUCACCAUCACCGUCCGCCACCCAGUCGAACUCCACCAUCCUCCAUUCAUUCUUUCCUCAACGUGUCGCAUUCCAACACGUUCUAUUUUUACACCAACUCUUCUUCUCUCUGAGCGUUGCUGUUAGUCGCGUCGCACCUAGACUUUUCCCCGAGCCUCCCGAUCAAACUGUUGUCGAACUUGAGAAACUGCACGCCCUUGCGGGCAUGGCGGAUCGCGAAGCUUCUAUGCUUUUGCAUACGGAACUUCAUUCUGUGCAUCCCGUCACCAGCUCUUCCGAAAAAGUCUCGCUCUCUCGUAUGAGACCACUUCUUGAACCGUCAUCCGACGUGAUGGACGAGCUUUCGAAGGAGAUGGAGAAUAUGAUCAUAGAGACCAACAUCAAGAAGGAUGCAGGGCCUUUGAAGACGAUAUGGGAGACCGCGGUGCAGAAGGGACGCGAUUCUGUUCUUGAUACCGUAGAGCCCAAGUGGGAGACUUCUAGCAAAAAUUUACCCUCACCUAGACCAUCGCCGCCUCCUCGAAAUACCAGGAACAGUUAUAUCAGGGCCAGAAGUGUCAGUUAUUAACCAUGUUGCUCCCAUUGUAUUACCAUUUUCUAGAUCCAAAAUGACUUUCCAAUUUUUAUCGGUCUGAACAAAGAUCCAUCGUGUGCACUGGAUCUGUCUGAUAACAGCGAAGAACCUCGAUGUCACGGACGACUGGCAUGUCUUCCUUUAUCCUCGGAAGCCUUAUCGACCAGGGCCACUAGACAAAGAUGUUUG